AUGUCUCUCGCCGAGAAGCAGAUUGCCACCGCUAAGGAGUUCAUCAACGGCUACAGUGAGUGGACAGCUGAUGGCCUCCUGCGAGCACGCUCGGAAGAUUGCAUACACGCUGUACUUCCGGUCUCAAUGAGUCGGCCUCCUCGAACAAAUGCCGAAUACAAACUGUUCUGGGGCAACAUGGAGCCGCUGGUGAAAGACUUCAAGGUAAUCCCUCUCUUCGUGUCAUCUACUGCUCGACAUUCUGAUCUUUGCAUGCAGAUGACGAUCCAUAAAAUCGUGAACGACCCAGAACAACACAUGGCCGUGGUACAUGCCAGCGGCAACGGGGAAACACCUUUUGUCCCCUACAGAAAUGAGUACGCCUUGUUCCUGAUGUUCAACGAGACUGGAGACCAGGUGGUGAGGAUAGAAGAAUUUUUGGACUCAAAGUUCAGUGGCGAGUUCUUUGCCAAGAUGCAGCAGUACCUGAGCACGCACAAGAGUGGAUGA